AUGUCUUUACCGCAAACUCACCAGGUCUGGCUUCUGAAAACUCGACCUUCUGAUAAGUCGAUUCCCAACGAAUUCGACUUAACCACUCGACGAACCCCCAUUGUCGAAGACCUCAAAGAUGGCCAAGUUCUGAUCAAGAACACUUCUUUCGGUAACGAUCCCGCUCAAAGAUUGUGGAUGGAUGGAAGUAUCGAUCCUAAACGACUUUACAUAGAGCCCAUUCUAGUUGGUGAUCCCAUUAGGGUAUCAGCCAUGGGUACAGUAGUUCUAUCCAAGUCUGAGAAUUGGAAAGAAGGUGACAAUGUAUAUGGUGAUGGAGAUUGGGCAGAAUACUCUGUCCUCAAUGAUUCAGGACCUUUGACUGGUAAAGAGAUUCUCAUUGACGGUCAAUCACCCUACAUAACGAACUCAAUUCUCGGAUUGACAGGACAGACAGCAUGGGUAGGGGCCUAUAAAGAAAUGGAUCUUAGGCCUGAACAUACUCUAGUCGUAUCUGGUGCUGCUGGUGCCGUCGGCUCUACUUUAGUUCAAAUUGCCAAGAAGAUCAUCGGUGUCAAAAAGGUGAUCGGUAUCGCUGGUGGGAAAGAUAAAUGUGACUGGGUCAAUUCCAUCGGUGCCGACGCAUGUGUUGACUAUAAAGAUCCCGAUUACCCCAAACAUCUCGCUGAGCUUUUACCUGAAUACGCCGAUCGAUUUUUCGAUAAUGUCGGCGGGGAGAUCUUGGACACCAUGCUUCCUUUGAUCAAAAGACAUGGAUUCGUAUCUGUUUGUGGUGCCAUAGCAGGAUAUAAUGACGACGGAUUCAAGUUAAAACAUUGGGGUGAAUUGAUAUACAACAGAUUCACCAUCAAAGGGAUGCUCAUUUUCGAUCAUGCGGACUCGCUUGAUGAAGCCGUUCGGGAUCUUACCAAAUGGGUUAAAGAUGGUACGAUAAGUAACACGGAGAGCGAGACGGUAGUGGAAGGGAAAUUGGAGCAAGUUCCUGAGAUAUAUAAUAAACUUUUCUCGGGUGGUAAUAAGGGUAAACUUAUCACCAAAUUGAUCGUCUAG